AAUAGCAAGGUGAUCGAAGCGAGCCGUGACAUAAAAGCCAAAAUCCACAUUGCUGGGCGCUAAGAAAUAAAGCUUGUUACACAGAUCUCUGGUUGUUGUGGGUGUGUGUAGGGGGUGGGUCCCCUCCCCUUUCGAUCACAUAGGAGAAAAAGUACCAGGGCUGUUUCCUGUGAAUUGGAUUUCUGUCUCAUGCGCUUGCAUGAUUACCACUCCCCCCUCCCUCCCCCAAGAUGUGUUGUAAUAAAAGUGUGUUUCUUUAAAUAAAAAAAAGACAACGGAGCUUUCUGUAAUUCUUGCAGAAGGAUUGAGCAUUCAGCAUAAAAGACACACUGUUGAGAUAUAGCAAUGCAUUCAUUGUUUUCUACAUAAUGCAGUCAGGAUCUCCAUGGUAAAAUGGAAAAAAAAUAAUUUUUUUCCAGUCACCAUCAGCAGUUAAUCUAAAGUGGGAAAUGCUGCAUUUCAUUGUAGGUUAAGUGGCUCAGCCUGAAAACCUGACUGAGGGUGUCUUAAGUCAGAACUGCUCCUCCUUGGGGGUGGAUUUCUGAAACAGAUUGGAAGAUUGUUGGGGGGGAAAGUCUAUUGGGGCUGCAGCGAUCGCUCUGGAGCCUUUUGAGGAGGAAGCCGUUGUUUCCAGCACAGCCCUCCCCCUUCCGUGGAAUCACUUAGACAUUUCCAGCUGGUGGCGGGGGGGAUACGGCCAUAAUACGGCUUUCUCUGCCCUGGCUGUCUUCCUCAUUACAUUAAAUGCAUUAGGAUGGCUGCACCGCUUUGCCGAGGAGGGUCAGGUGCAGAGAGGUAUGGGAAGAGACCUGCAGGCGUGCAUCUGAGCAGCAUCUGCCAGCUUUGUCCAGAUCUUUGAAUUCUGAAUGUCUGACUGGCCGUGGCCAAAGCUUUUCUUUGCUGACAAGGGCUGGUUGGAGGUGCCUGAGGAUAGCACCCUUUUACACCAGGAAAGGACCCUGUUGCCCAGGGUGUCCUUAAAUGCAUUAUGGCUCAUGCAGCAUCGCAGCUGAAGAAAACCAGAGAUUUAGAGCUUCCCGAGGAAGAAAAUGAGAAGAAGAGGAAACACAGGAAGAGAUCCCGGGAUCGGAAAAAAAAGUCUGACACCAAUGCAAGUUACCUACGAGCCGCCCGGGCAGGCAACUUAGAAAAGGCCCUCGACUACUUAAAAAGCGGAGUGGACAUCAACAUUUGCAAUCAGAAUGGGUUGAACGCGCUCCAUCUCGCCUCCAAAGAAGGCCACGUAGAAGUCGUUUCGGAGCUGAUACAGAGAGGCGCUAAUGUGGAUGCCUCGACCAAGAAAGGAAACACAGCUUUGCACAUAGCAUCUCUGGCGGGACAGACCGAAGUGGUGAAAGUGCUGGUUACGAAUGGGGCCAACGUCAAUGCACAAUCUCAGAAUGGCUUCACACCGUUGUACAUGGCAGCUCAAGAAAAUCAUCUGGAAGUGGUUAAGUUUCUUCUUGACAAUGGGGCAACUCAAAGCCUUGCCACAGAGGAUGGCUUCACCCCGUUGGCAGUAGCCCUUCAACAGGGUCACGACCAGGUGGUUUCUUUGCUGCUUGAAAAUGACACGAAGGGGAAAGUCCGUCUUCCUGCUCUUCACAUUGCUGCACGCAAGGAUGACACAAAGGCAGCUGCCCUGCUGCUGCAGAACGACCAUAAUGCAGAUGUGGAGUCCAAGAUGAUGGUGAAUAGAACAACCGAGAGCGGCUUCACACCUCUCCACAUAGCUGCACACUAUGGAAACAUUAAUGUGGCUACUCUGCUUUUAAAUCGUGGUGCUGCUGUGGAUUUUACAGCAAGGAACGAUAUCACUCCAUUACAUGUAGCAUCGAAGCGAGGGAAUACCAACAUGGUUAAACUGCUACUUGAUAGAGGAGGAAAAAUUGACGCCAAAACAAGGGAUGGGUUGACGCCACUCCACUGUGGGGCGCGAAGCGGCCAUGAGCAAGUUGUACGAAUGUUGCUUGAUCGGGGAGCUCCGAUUCUUUCCAAAACAAAGAAUGGCCUCUCUCCGCUGCACAUGGCGACACAGGGAGACCACCUCAACUGUGUCCAGCUUCUGAUCGAGCACAACGUGCCUGUGGACGACGUCACCAACGACUACUUGACGGCCCUGCAUGUCGCCGCUCAUUGUGGACACUACAAAGUCGCAAAGGUUUUGUUAGACAAGAAAGCCAAUCCUAAUGCCAAAGCACUGAACGGUUUCAAUUCUCUUCCCACAUUGCCUGCAAAAAGAACAGAAUUAAAGUGAUGGAACUUUUGCUGAAACACGGGGCGUCUAUCCAAGCUGUCACAGAGUCGGGUCUGACUCCAAUCCAUGUUGCUGCCUUCAUGGGACAUGUAAAUAUCGUUUCACAGCUGAUGCAUCACGGAGCAUCACCCAACACAACCAACGUG